AUGAAGAGAUGCAUUUAUAAAAGCAGGUGUAGCAGACGGCGUCUCAUGGUGCCAGUUUUGCCAGGAAACACCGAAAACUGGUUCACAUUAGCUUGUGUUGUUUUAGCAGGUGUAGUUUGCUAGCAUUUAAGCUAGCUUUAGACACUGCCAACACAUUAGCAGCUAUGGGUUUCUGGAUUUACCUUAGACUGGCCUUACUUCUAUACAUGUGGCCAACUGCACAUUGUGCUGGCAUUCCCAAUGGAGCUCUUGAAAUGGAGUGUCAUGACCGUUACUUCAUGAUAGCUGUUGACCUCUCCUUCAUCGGGGAGGAAGCUCGCUUUGAGGCUGUCGAUGAAACAGGCGUGUACCAAAUCAAUGAGAAGUAUGCAGCACAGUGUGGUUACAGUGUCAAUGUCCUCCCUUUGCCGGGUCGUGUUGAGCUCAGAGCUUCUUACUUCAGCUGUCACGCAGAAAACAUUGAUGAUGAAGUGUUUACGUUCAACUUCAACCUGAUUGCGAUUCAUGAAGGACAGGAGGUCUCCUAUGCCUUGAACAAGACCUGUUCUCCAUCUCUCCCCUGGUCUCCCAGAGAGGUUACCUGCGAGCUCAACUACAUGGAGGUGUCUGUAAAGAGUGAAGUCACCUGUCCAUCUGGAACAAAGAAAGAUGACUGGGAGACUCUUAAGACUGUUCAUAGCUCUACCACCUCAGACUGGCAGGUGAUGUUUCACAGGACCGAAGAGCAGCUUCCCCCCAUGAAUCUCUCUGAAGCUCGUGAUAGGGGCUACAUGUUUGCCUUGACGGAUGGAAGGCUUGUUUUUCGUACACCGUAUGGACAACCUGACUCGCACCACACUGAGGUGGAUGGUGUUCCAGUAGAGGCUGUCCAUGCAACUCUGUUCUCCAGACAAAGCUGGGUCGUCCUCAUGGUAGACCUGGUGGCCGCUUGUUCACUGCAUAACGGAUCAUCUGAUGAUGGUGGCUACAUGAUGUGGGAGACUCCAGAGGCGCUGUAUCCUUGUUCAGACUGCACACGGCUCAGUGUCGGACUGAAUGGUGAACUGGCAGAGCAGCCGGUUGCAGAGGAGAGAGGCUACAUUGUGGAGAAACGCAACGCCACAGUGCUGAUCAGCAUCCCAUACAAUGCUGAAGGAGCAUACAGGAAGAGCUUAAUUUCUGACGAUCUCUUCGAGUUCUACGUCUUCCAUUUGAACUUGGAACAAAUCCUCGUGGAUGAGGACCUUGUUGAGACCAGACUCAGGUUUCACAGAAUACUGGCAACGCACCUACUGCCUCAUCCUGUUUCCAGUGAAAACCAAACCAUUCUAGAUGAGCGUAUGUUCACAGUCUAUCUUGGAGAUGUCCCUGAAGAUGUUGAGUUGUCUGCUGUCUCACUGAAUGGAGAAGAAUUCACAGUACAGUUUAUGAAUACAAGCAGCCACACGAUCACAAAAGUAGUUAAUCCCAACAACACUCAUGGCUACACUCUGGAGGUGCCUUUUGAUGACCCUGUCAUCAUUCAGCAGUUCAUCAAAGAAGAAGCAGUUCUUCAGUACAGACUAGACAUCAACUUCACACUAAUGAUGCUGCCUGAAAAUGAGUCUUUUUCACACCUUGCAUCAAUCGUGGCAACUUUCACUGACGUCUCUCCUCCAGUCUUUGAUGCUGUCUGUUCUGAGUCCGGGAUCAGCUUCAGGCUGGACCACCAGCCUUUUGACUACCUGUGGCUGAUCACCAUCAGCUCGGACCCACUGACAUCAGAGCUGGCGGCCCAGCACGGCUACAUCAUGAGCAAUGACAGCCAGAGUCUGCUGCUUGAGGUGCCACUCUUCACUCAUGGCUAUGAGUACAAGAACGCCACUCUGAAUGGAUUCUUUGGUACUUUUGAGAUCCUCGUAAGAGAUUCUGAAACUUCUGAGGUCCAGAGCUCCACUGUUAAGACUUGUCCCUUCUCCUCUAAAGAAUUCAUUUUGUGUUCGACUGAUGGGAGGAUGACUGUGGUGGCUGAUUUAUCUAUGGCCAUCCCGAGUGGAGGGGUUCCUGCAAGAACAAACCUCGUUGACAAAUUCUGUGGACCUAAAGAGAUGGACAGCACCAGGGCUUUCUUCUCUAUCCCACUCAACGGCUGUGGGUCCACAGUCAUGCUUGGCAAAGAAAAUGUGACCUAUCAGAAUGAGAUUUUCUACAAGCCCAAGAACCUCAACACAAACGAAGCAGUUUCUGAUGAAGAAAUUGAAAGGGUGGUGAUCCAAUGUACUUACCCUCUGGCCAGUCUCCACCGGCUCUUCUCGGUCUACAGGUUUGAGUCGGAUACCAUCGGUGCUGGCAGCAUCAUUCACACAACGCAGCCUGCAGCAGCUAUGCAGAGUCCCACCAUAAAGCCAACAACAGUACUUAGAACCCCAGCUCGACCAUAUAGAGUCAUCCAUCCAGCCAUCCAUCCGCCUGCUCGAUACGUCAAAGUCUCUUUGUUUAACAAUCUUCCAAGUGUUAAAGGUGCAGGAGGAAACUCACAAGUUAAAGUUGACGUUGCCCAAAUUUAACUGCGCAAAAUAUUUUUAAAAGGUUCUAAUAAAUUGUUUGUUUAAAAAAAA